CACUUCCGCGGCGGACCGGAAGUCGCUUUGUUUUGCUUCAAGAUGGCUGCUGGGAUGUAUUUGGAACAUUAUCUGGACAGUAUUGAAAACCUCCCCUUUGAGUUACAGAGGAACUUCCAGCUCAUGAGGGACCUCGAUCAAAGAACGGAGGACCUCAAGGCCGAGAUCGACAAGCUGGCCACGGAGUACGUGAGCGGCGCGCGCAGCCUGGGCGCCGAGGAGAAGCUGGCGCUGCUGCGGCAGAUCCAGGAGGCCUACGGCAAGUGCAAGGAGUUCGGGGACGACAAGGUGCAGCUGGCCAUGCAGACCUACGAGAUGGUGGACAAGCACAUCCGACGGCUCGACACCGACCUGGCCCGCUUCGAGGCCGACCUCAAGGAGAAGCAGAUGGAGUCCAGCGACUACGACAGCUCCUCCAGCAAAGAAGGCAGGGCCCAGAAGGAGAAGAAGGCGGCGCGCGCCCGCUGCAAGGGCAAGAACUCGGACGAGGAGGCGCCCAAGGCCGCGCAGAAGAAGCUCAAGCUCGUGCGCUCGAGCCCCGAGUACGGGAAGCCCGCGGUGAGCUUCGGCAGCGUGCACCCCUCCGACGUGCUGGACAUGCCCGUGGACCCCAACGAGCCCACCUACUGCCUCUGCCACCAGGUCUCCUACGGGGAGAUGAUCGGCUGCGACAACCCGGAUUGCUCCAUCGAGUGGUUCCACUUCGCCUGCGUGGGGCUCACCACCAAGCCGCGGGGGAAGUGGUUUUGCCCGCGCUGCUCCCAAGAACGCAAGAAGAAGUAGACGGCGGCGGCCACGCCGGGCAGCCCG